CGCGCUUUUCUUAUCCUAACCUCACUUCCCCACCAUCUUGCAUCGCCAUCACCGCCCUGCCGGCCCUUCACCAGCAAACAAACUCGCCCGUUGGCUGCCUGCGCUUUCAACUAUUUCUUUCACACAUCAAACCCGCUGAGCGGCUUUUGUCAGGAUCACUCUAACCUUUUUUCCCUCUCGUUCUUAAUUCAAAGCCCCUUGGCUGCACCGCCGCAACGUCAACUCGCCGCGCGUGCUGAGCCCCAUCACAAACCCGCUACCGCAUCCAGGCACUCUCACAUCCCUGCUCAACUUGUUGGACGGACAUCAUCCACAGAAACGUAAUCCAACGAUCGAGCAACAUCUACAUGCCCCUGGACUUUUGCUUGUACCGUUCUUCAUGCAAACAUGGCCGACGAAGAAGAACUCCCUCCGGCGUCCGUGUCGACCCUUCGCUCGCGAUUCGAACAACUAGCUACCAGCAAACAUCCGGUCACCCCUCCGACGGUACCGGAGCAAUCCGCACCCUUUCUGAGGCCCUCUCGUACCGGCGCGGACCCCUUUACGCCCGACUGCCCCGGUGGAUUUACUGCACGGACGUCGUCGUACGCUUCGGAUGAUGGAUCUUCAUCUUCGUACGGGGGUGCUACCUCCAAGCAGGACGACCAGUAUCGAAGCAACACCCUUCCUCGCGGUCACCACUCGUCCCGUCAGCGCCCGGUUUCCGUAUACAGCACCUUUGCUCCUCCGCGUUCGCCGCCGUCGUUUCGCGUCGACUCACCGCGCUCACCAAAACCUCUGAACCUCGACGUCCCCGGGGGAGCGCCGGACAAUAUUUUAGGGACGUUGGCGUCCAGUGGACCACUGCAACAUGGACCACCUAUACAACCACCGAGUCGGCCUACCUCUCCGGCACCAAAAUUCCGUACUGGUAGGACCCCGCCGCCGCCGCCACCUCCACCGCCGCUGCCGCCACCAGUCUCCCCAAGGCUUCGACCGAAAUCUACCAGCUACAUGUUGGAUCAGGCUAGCGGGACAAUAAGGAAUAUGGGGGGAGAAGUACAUCGGAGGCAGCUCAGUCCUGCAGCCCAAAUGUUCCCAGAUCGCGGCGGACCAAGCACGGAUAGUGACCGGUCCCUGCCAGUACCGCACUCCGAGCGGCCACGAGAACCACCCCCGGUACCACAACGGACGACCAAACCCAAGAUUCCAAGUAGACCUAGCAACACACAGCGUCCGGAAACUCCUUUUACAAAUGCGUUGGCACCAGCAGUAACUGGGGGUGACCGUGCAUCACCAUUCAGCACCCCGCCAUCGAGCGCUAAUAAUUCUCCGAAUCGGUCGGACACCGAGUCAGCACCCAGAGUUCAGCCGCUGCCGCGAAAACUAAACGUGCAGGCUCAUAACCUUCCGCCGCCGCCUCCUCCACCCAUACCUCCUCUGCCUACUUCAUUCGCUGGAGCGGGAGGUCCGUCGAAAGCUCGGAAUGCCGUCGCACCGCCACCGCCUAGGAUGUCGAUCGAGAUGGUUCGGCCCAGGAUGAGAGUGGAGGACUCUGUCAAGGGCCAGCGGAUGUCUCUCGACGAUGCAGGAUCCAGGCCGCAACUACCACCCAGGCCAAUGGGAUUGAUCGGAGGCGUUAGAGCUCGAGUUUCGCGCGGUCGCAGCCAUUCGCCCCCGCGGCCUCCCACGAUUGAUCCUGCGAGCGCCUCAAGCUACUUGCCUCCACCAAAGCGUGGCUUGGGAAGCAUGAAAGCUAAAUCGCCAAUCCGGGAUGUUUCCGGAUCAUUCGCGCAAGGCGAGGACAGCUAUCCAGCAUCCGGAUAUGGCGAUGACUCGGACGACGGUGGUGCUGACGAUUCCUCUAAACUGAGUGAUUAUCCGGAUUCCUCUCAAGCAAAUCGCCGGAGACCUUACUUCAAGAGAGGGCCCUCCGAGAUACCGAGCAAGAGCGACGUCAAAAUGUUUGCUGUCUGCGGUCAAUAUGUAUGCACAAUCAGCCACUCGACGAAAGUUUGGGACGUUGACACUGGGCGUUGCAUCAUGGCUCUACAGCACGGCGAAGGCGUCAGGGUAACAGCGCUGGCCUUUAAGCCGUCCGCGGACGUGGAAAGUGAAGGGGCCGCGCUCUGGCUUGGUACUUCCCACGGCGAACUGAUGGAGGUGGAUAUUGCGUCACACCGGGUAGUGGAAUCACGGACCAGUGCCCACACCAAGAAGGAGAUUGUCAAGAUACACCGCUCCGGAUUCCAACUGUGGUCUCUCGACGAUGGUGGGAAGCUCCAAGUUUGGGGACCGGAUGUGAACGGCGCGCCGAACCUGAGGAACUCGCCUAUCACUUUCAGAAUAAAUCCCCGCCAUUCGUGCUCGAUUGUUGUCGACGGGUAUCUGUGGGUAGGCUCGGGAAAGAAUGUCGAUGUCUAUCAGCCCAGCACGGACUCCUCGACUAUUUUCAAUGUGUCUUCACGGCAGCUUACGGCGACAAAACCCGCCGGCGAUAUCACCUGCGGAGCCAUCGUCAACAGCCAGCCAGACCAUGUGUAUUUUGGCCACUCGGACGGCAAGGUGUCCAUCUAUUCAAAGAACCCCCUCACGUGUGUUGACGUUGUGAGUGUAUCGCUAUACAAAAUCAACUCGAUGACCGGUGUGGGAGAUUUCCUCUGGGCUGGCUUCAAGACGGGGAUGGUGUACAUAUACGAUGUCCGAACAAAGCCAUGGCUGGCUAAAAAGGACUGGCAAUGUUCGGUUGGACCGAUCAUGGAGGUGGUAGCGGAUUGGACCAGUGUUUGGAAGAAUGGCAGAUUACAAGUCGUAAGCCUAGGAGCCGACAACGUCAUACGGAUCUGGGAUGGUAUGCUGGAAGACGACCACCUCGAGACCGAGAUGCAACGAAGAGAUGUCGAGUUCUGCAGCUUCCGCGAGAUCAAGACGCUUGUCUGCACCUGGAAUGCUGGCGCCUCGAAGCCCCAGGAUUUGUUGUCCAGAGAAACCGACAAGGUGUUCCUGCAGAAUGUGUUGCAUAGUGUUGACUCUCCGGAUAUCAUAGUAUUUGGUUUCCAAGAGCUGGUGGAUCUGGAAGAUAAGAAGAUUACGGCCAAGACCUUCCUAAAGAAGAGCAAGAAGAAGAAACAAGCCGACCAUCAGGAACGAAUGUCACACCAGUACAGGCUGUGGCAGCAGCAACUGACGAAAUCCCUUGAAACCCAUAUGCCGCGGGAUCAGCCAUACAUCCUCCUGCAUGCGGCGAAUCUGGUCGGUCUCUUCACUUGUAUUUUUAUCAAAGCGUCGGAAAAGAACAACAUCACAAAUAUCGCGGCUUCCACUGUGAAACGAGGGUUGGGUGGUCUUCACGGCAACAAGGGUGCACUCAUUGUGCGGUUCUUCCUCGACGAUAGCUCGCUAUGUUUCAUCAAUUGCCAUCUCGCUGCUGGACAGUCCCAUACCAUAUCCCGUAAUAACGACAUAGCAGCAAUCCUAGAGUCAAACUCCCUGCCUCUCGAGAUCUCAGGGAGCGCACGAUCAGACAUGUUUGUCGGCGGUGGUGACGGCUCCAUGAUUCUCGAUCACGAAAUCUGCAUCCUCAAUGGUGAUCUCAAUUACCGUAUCGACCACGGCCGGGAUUCUAUCAUCAACAGAGUCAAAAACAAUGACCUGGGCCCACUCUUGGAACGCGAUCAACUUCUUGUGGAGAGGAAGAAGAACCCUGGAUUCAGACUGCGCGUGUUCCAAGAGGGAAUGAUUACAUUCCAGCCAACCUACAAGUACGACGUGGGAUCGGAUACCUAUGACUCCUCGGAGAAGAAGCGCAGUCCGGCAUGGUGUGAUCGACUCCUCUAUCGUGGUCUGGCGAACAUCAAGCAGGUUCAAUACCGCCGCUGGGAGGUCAAGGCGAGUGAUCACAGACCUGUCAGCGGCGUGUUCCAUAUCCGAGUCAAAACCAUCGAUGCUGCGAGAAGAGAAUGGGUUUGGAGCAAAUGUGUCGAGGACUAUGAACAAGUUAGAGCUAAACACAUCAUGGAUGCCAAGUUGGAAUACUUGGUUCGUGUUUAUGGCUAUGGAGUGGAUGAAGCUCAGAGGACCUUGCGCAGCAAGGGAGAGAUCAUCGACGCAGUUCGAACUCUGGGAGAGAGUUACCAGCAACGCUGAGUUGAGUUGAGUUGGGAUGUUUGGUUGCUUCAUUCUGUUUCAUUCUGUCUUCUGUCUUCUGGUCCUGUUUAUCUUACCGGUACGGAGUAAUCAGCGGGGUUUCUUGUUUUUGAGAAUUCUUUUCAUCAUAUAGCUUUGGCGGAUUAUUUCUUCGUCGUUGCUGGUU